AUGAGUCGUACUAAAGUUUGCUACUUCUAUGAUUCUGAGGUGGGCAAUCACUUCUAUGGACAGAAUCAUCCAAUGAAGCCACAUCGUAUGAGAAUGACACAUAAUCUCGUGUUGAACUAUGGUCUCUACAAGAAGAUGCAGAUCUUUAGACCAAAGAAGGCAACAGAUACAGAGCUUACCAACUUUCACUCAGAUGACUAUAUCAACUUCCUUAGAUUGAUCACACCAGACAACAUGCACGACUAUUCCAAUCAGUUAGUCAAGUAUAAUGUUAGAUAUGAUUGCCCAGUGUUUGAUGGACUGUACAACUUUUGUCAGAUUUCAUCUGGUGGAUCAAUUGGAUCGGCCAUCAAGCUUAACAGGAAGGACUCUGAUAUUGCAAUCAACUGGGCAGGUGGUCUCCAUCACGCCAAGAAGUCAGAAGCAUCAGGUUUCUGCUAUACCAAUGACAUUGUUCUGUCAAUCCUCGAGUUGUUGAAACAUCACAAGAGAGUGUUAUACAUUGAUAUUGAUAUCCAUCAUGGUGAUGGUGUGGAGGAAGCAUUCUACACAACAGACAGAGUGAUGACUGUAUCGUUCCACAAGUAUGGUGACUACUUCCCUGGCACUGGUGAUGUGAAGGAUGUCGGUGCUGGCAAGGGCAAGUACCAUGCCCUUAACUUCCCACUCAAGGAUGGUAUUGAUGAUCAGAGCUAUCAGAGCAUAUUCAAGCCAAUCAUCCAAGGUGUUAUGGACUCAUACAGACCAGAGGCAGUUGUGUUGCAAUGUGGCGCAGACUCACUCACUGGUGACAGACUUGGAUGUUUCAACUUGUCGUUGAAGGGACAUGCACAGUGCGUCGAGUUUAUGAAGUCGUUUAAGCUGCCACUGCUUGUGCUUGGUGGUGGAGGAUACACUAUCAAGAACGUUGCAAGAUGCUGGACCUAUGAGACAUCGAUCCUCGUUGACUCUGAGAUCACUGAUGAGCUGCCGUACAAUGACUAUUUGGAAUACUUUGGACCUGACUACAGACUGCACAUCACGCCCAACAACAUGGAGAACCUCAACUCUAAAGAGUACUUGGAGAAGUUAAAGAUUCAACUUUUGGAGAACCUUAGACAUCUCAAUCCUGCACCAAGCAUUCAACAUACAGAGAUUCCACCAGAUGCUUACAGCUUCUCGGAUGAUGAGGAUGAUGAGGAUCCAGACGUGAGGAUAUCAGAGGCAGACAGAGACAGACGUAUCCAACAUCAGGCAGAGUUGUCAGACUCGGAUGAAGAGGACGGAAGGAGGUAUGAGAUGCUGCAUAUGGACUCUACGUCAACCAUCUCUGCGCGCAGAAGAUCACAAGUACCAAUCACUGCCUAUGACAAGGAGUCGAGUACACCUUACAAGCCAUCCCAGAAGGAGAAGUCAGAUGUAGAUGAGGAGAGUAUGGAGAUGUAA